AUGCGCAAGAGAAAUAGGUCUGCCACUUUAUUUGACAGUGUGCAGAAAAAGCAUCGCAAAGCAGAUGAACCUGACGAUGAGAGCACACCUGCACCCAUCGCGAGCCAAGAUGCUGAGCAUGACGGAGACGACAGGGAAGAUGGGGAAGAUGGGGAAGAUGGGGCAGAUGGGGAAGACGGACAAGACAGAGACGACGCCGAGGGCAGCCCUUUCUCUGCUCGGGGCGACGAGCGGCCGCCCGUUGUGAGCCCACCGCCACGGUCCGCGUACAAGAUCCCGGCCUACACACAUGAAAACCGCACCAUGCGAUUGUACGCUGGCCCUCUUCGCAAAUGGGACCGCCGGCAGGCUCUUGUCAAUACCGUGUACGGCCCCCGGGCCGAUAAUAUCAGACUGUUCUGGGACCUCCAAAUCCGCUGGCAGCGCUGCAUGUACCCCAAACCCCUCCGUCAGGACGACGUGGAGCCGGGAGACACCCGGGGCGUGGUGCUUGUCAGCCCUUGGCUGCCGAACAAUUUGGAAUCCGACCAGCAGACCGCAUACGGCUCAUGGUGGAGCAAGUAUGCCGCAGCCAUGCGUGCCCAGGGCAGGGCGCCGUUCGGCGAGGUGGACGAAAUCGGGGAAAAGGAGGCCGCACCGUUCCUCCCGUGGAAUGUCUCUACGGAGUCGGACUUGGACAUUUUCGAUGACAGUUCGAACAGCAUAGUCUGUCUGCGGGCAGGCGAAUCGUCGACGUAUAGAACCACCGCAGACGCAGACGCCGGGGCACGGUCCACCGGUCCUAACGCACCCACAGAGACCGACCGCGAGGGCCAAAUUCCUGUGGACAAGCCACCGAGUCCAGUAUUCUACUUUAAUCCGGGAGGCAAGGUCCUCUCCCUGGCCUGGGCACCCAUGCCGAAGGCUGGCCGGAUGGAAGGCUCCUUACUCGCCGUUGCCGUUGUCCCGCACAAGCACGACGAAGACAAUAACACUGUCGACGGUCUCUCAGGCGCCACAACAAAAGAAGAGAGGGCCAGGUUUUCCGAGUCGCCGGCGAGCAUUCAGUUUUGGAGAGUCGCGCUGCGAGGUGGCAAGGCCGGCGAACCACGUGUCUUUGGCGACGGAGCCCGGCUAGAUUGGGUGAGCUGCUUCUACUGGGGGUGGCCAAAGCGGUUGGAGUGGUGCCCUGUCCAGCCGCUCAUGGGCGACUCGUGGCCUGGCUUACUUGCUGUGCUCACCGAGGACGGCAUAGUACGCAUCAUCAAAGCCCAACAGGGCAUGAAAGAGCAGACUCGAUACGGUAAAAUUAUCCACGCGUUGGCGUCUCUAGAGUUUCCUGGCGAGGAAGGCGUCCAUGCCACUUGCAUGUCGUGGGUAGGUAUCAACCGGAUAGUGGUUGGCUACACCGACGGCACGAUCGCACUCUGGUCUGUGUUCCCACAGCUGGUGCUUCUCCGCUUCCCAACACACAUGUCCGCUAUACAAGACAUCCGCUCCGGUUAUCCAUCCAAACCGUACCUGGUAUCUGUACGCCCGGUGGAGGGCGUCCUUCGCCUUCUCGAUCUCACCCGCCCCAGCAGCGAACACACCUUCCACCCGAGCCCAGUAGCCGGCAUCCAAGGCAACAUGCUGGACUGGGUAGAGCUUAUGCAGGGCUUUGCUACGUCUGCGCCAGCCAACAGCCCCGUGAGUUUUAAGCUUGACUUCCUGCACCACCGGCACUUCCCGUGCCCUCGCAAGUUUUUUCCGUCUCGGCGGGAAUCGCCGCCGACAUGCCUGGCCGUUGGCAAGACGCACCCGUUUGCCCUCGUCGGCGCGGCCGACGGAAAGGUGUGGGCGUGCAACAUUCUUGACACAGUGUUCCCUACCCACUGGGAAUCGCAUGUGCCCUCCUCCACGUUGAUUUUUGCGAGCGACUUCAAAAGACCGACCCGGCAAGACACCGAGGCCAGUUCUCUCCGCGGUGGCACGCUGUUCCGGUUCAUGUUCAAGCAGGAAACCGAGUCGAAAGCCGACAUUCUUGAGGACGACGCGGCGGACCCAGACGAUUUGUCCGGCCUAGGGCCGUCCGCGCUACCUGGACAGGAGGCACUGGGGCCGGUUAUCCACGAGAAGCUGGCUUCCGUCACGGCCCUUGCUUGGAACCCGGAUUUCGCAUUUGGCACCUAUUUCGCCAUUGGCCUCGCGUCGGGCCUGGUGGUGAUCCGACAGCUGGACGGCACUGUUUAG